CCGCCGCUGCCGCCGCCAGCGCUGGCGGCGCUGCUGCUCCUGCUCGCCGCUGGCGCCUGGCCCCGCGUCGGCGCCACCGACCCCACGGUGCUGCUGCUCUUGAGAGCUGCCUGCGUCGCUCCUCACCCCGAAGACCUUUUCUCGGAAGCUCGCUUUCAUCAAUACGCACUUUCAAUUGGCAAGUCCACCUUGACACAACGCAAAAUCCGCAUUCUCAAUUACGAUGACACGUGCGGGCCAAAGUGGAGAGAGCUUGUAACGAGUGGCGCGCUAAGCGCUCUCAGCGCGGGCGGCGCGGCGGUGUGCGCAGGCUGGGCGGGCGCCGGCGCAUGUGGUGCGCUGGCGGCAGCGGCGCGCGCGCUGCGCCGGCCGCAGCCCGCCGCCUGCGCCGCCCUGCCGGCCCGCGCCGCUGCAGCUGCCCGUCUAGCUGCCAGCCUGCGCUGGCGUCGCGUGCUGCUGCCACCGGCCGCAGGGGAAUGCGCGGUUAUUCUUCGCGAAGUUGCAAGAGCCAUCACCGCAGCGGGUCUAGCUGCACGUCGCUCAGCUCUUUCACUUGAACAAUUGGCUUGGAGACCACAUGUGGUGAUCCUGUGCGCACCACAGGGAGAAGUGGGCGCGGAGGCGCUGGCGGCGCUCCGGGCGGCGGCCGCCGCGGGCGUCGGGCCCGCCGUGCUGCUGCUGCACCUCGACCAAGACCCUCCGCCGCCCUCUCCCAUCACAUCCUUGGCACGCCGAGAUCCCCAACUGACUUCUCUAAUGAGCAAUAUCACUUUAGCUAUAAGAAAUUUGCCUUAUACACAAUCGAGAGAGAAUUUGUCAUCUAACCAAUCUACGUAUAUUUCACAAACCCCGAAUUUAUCGAGCAACCUUCCGCCAUUGUAUAAGAAAAGUUUCUCGACGCCGUUAGCCUUUGCGCUCGUAAACAACAUAACCGUGCGCCCUUAUCGCAAAAAGAGAACUCGUCAGGAGUCUACUGGUAUUUUACGAACCGAAAACGUAGUAAACACUAUAAAAAAUAGCACAUUAGAGAGUCGAUUCCGGGGUUAUUUUCCCGGGCUCUAUAAUAAUACUCGACCCGCAAAACAAACAUUUAAUAAAAACACGCUCGAAGAUAAUGCGCGAAUGGUUCCAGUUCAAGGCCAAAGAUCAAAUGUUACUCGCUCACGGCGGAGCUCGGGGAAACCCGCGGCGCCGUCCGGCGCCGGUGGCGCGUCGCCCGCGACCGGCCCGCCGCGCGGUUCCGACACCCUCUACGACUUCAACACGCUGUUACUUCACCUAGACGCUUUUCAACAACAUCUUUUUCUACUACGAGUCGGCAAAACCGAGGAAAAAAGGGAUUCCUGGGAAAAAAUUGUAUACAAUGAAGUAAUAGAAAAUCUUAAUCGACACGACCGAGCGGAACGAACCAGGACGGAAAGUAGCGAGACAAAACUUUAUUUAUAUCAACGAAUAGUGGUCGAAAAUGGAACUUGCGAAUGGGAAUUCGUGACAAUUUUUAAUUCAACUUCGACACGUUCACUCGAUGACACCGAAGACUGGUCGACUAUUAUAGAGGUGUUGAAUUCGACAUAUAACUUUGAAGAAUGGGCCGUUCAACAUGCCGCUUCCGAUCAUGAAUUAUGGGCUCGGUUCGAACAUGGGAUGUUGACUGUGGUGUUCGUUUGUUGUGCUCUUAUGGUGGCAGCAGCGGCGGCGCUGGUUACCCGGUAUGCGGCCACGAGGCGCCGCCGGCGGCGCAGGCGAGGUGACGCAGUUCUCCUGGCCAGUGACUUCACAUUCCCAGCGGACGAGCGGCGCCGGGUGGGCGAGGGAAUGGAGACUAUGCUGUCUUGCUGGCUACAACAAUUGCAUGAGUUCGGCGGGCCUGAGCUGGAGCGGCCCGACCUGCUAAAACAGUCGCCGCGCUCAGCGCCGCCGCCCGCCGCGGCCGCACCCUCCGCGCCUUCUUCCACAUGUAGCGUCAAUCGCCUGACCCACGAUCGCCGCACUCGUUACAAGGGUGAUGCUGUCCACGUAAAAUAUUUGCCGUCUACCGGGACCCUCGAAAUAAAACGAAAAGCUACCGACGUGCUUCUUGUGAUGCAAACAAUGCGGCACGAAAACCUUAAUCCAUUCAUAGGUUGCCUGUGCGAGUUGCGGCCUGCGUUAGUAUUCGACGCCUGCGGUCGCGGGUCUCUCGAGGACGUGCUUAUGGCAGACGAUAUCAAGCUUGACUGGACGUUCCGGCUGUCUUUGCUUACAGACCUAGUCAAAGGGAUGCGUUAUGUGCAUUCGUCCUCGCUGCGUCAGCAUGGCCGUUUGUCUUCGAGGAAUUGCGUUGUCGAUUCACGUUGGGUGCUUAGAAUAACGGACUACGGUCUGCCUAGCUUCUACCGUGCACAAGGAUUACCUCAGCCGCCAAGGGCUGCAAGGGAGUUGUUGUGGACUGCACCGGAGAUACUGCGCGAGGAAGGUGGGCUGGGGCGCGGGUCGCAGCCGGGAGACGUGUUCUCGUUUGCCAUCAUCAUGCAGGAAGUCAUUGUUCGCGGCGAGCCGUACUGCAUGCUCGCUCUCACACCUGAAGAGAUCGUAGAGAAGAUAAUGCGUCCGCCUCCCCUUAUCCGGCCGUCGGUGUCGAUGGGUGCCGCGCCGCCCGAGGCGGUCAGCGUGAUGCGCCAGUGCUGGAGCGAGGCGCCGGACCUGCGGCCCGACUUCCACACCCUGCACGACAUCUUUCGGCACAUGCACCGCGGCAGGAAAAUUAACAUAGUAGACUCCAUGUUUGAGAUGCUAGAGAAGUACAGCAACAAUCUAGAAGAACUUAUAAAGGAACGGACGGAACAGUUAGACAUGGAAAAGAAAAAAACAGAACAACUCCUCAAUAGAAUGUUGCCGAGAUCGGUUGCAGAACGACUAAUACUUGGAUUACGAGUAGAACCCGAAGAAUUCGAAGACGUGUCCAUCUACUUUAGCGAUAUAGUCGGAUUUACGGCUCUGGCGGCACGGGCUACGCCAGUGCAAGUGGUUGACCUCCUUAACGAUCUGUACACGGUAUUCGAUGCUGCCAUAGAACAAUAUAGAGUGUAUAAGGUAGAAACGAUCGGCGACGCUUACAUGGUUGUGGGCGGGUUGCCCACUCGCGCGCAAGACCACGCCGAGAGUAUCGCCACCAUGGCCUUGCACCUGCUACACCUGGCGGGACGUUUCCGCAUCAGGCACGCGCCGACGGCACCUCUGCAUCUACGUAUCGGCCUGCACACCGGCCCGUGCUGCGCGGGUGUCGUCGGUCUGACGAUGCCCAGAUACUGUCUCUUCGGUGACACUGUUAACACAGCUUCAAGAAUGGAAUCUACUGGUGCUGCGUGGCGUAUUCAGAUUUCCGCGACAACUGCUGAGCGAUUAACGACAGCUGGAGGUUACCGUUUACGGUCACGGGGCUUGACUCAAAUCAAGGGCAAGGGGGCCAUGCACACCUACUGGCUGCUGGGGAAGGAGGGCUUCGACAAACCACUCCCGACACCACCGCCUCUUCAGAGUGAAGAAAUCUUAUUUGAGGCUGAUAGUGAAAACGAUAGCGAAACAAUGACGCCUCCAACGCAAAUAAAUGAAAAUGCUACGAACGAAAAGCCGGAGAUCCAGGUCCAGCGUCAGCGCUCUGAUGCAUCAACAAGCUCUGACAAAUUUGCUUGGCAGCGCUCGGGCGCGGUGUCCGCCGACAGCAGCCCGCCGCCGCGCGCGCCGGCUACGGGAACGUCCGCGGCGGCCACUCCGACAGAUCUGAGCGCACCAUAUUCUCGUUACAGAUGUUUGGCUGGAGGCCCUCGUGGACUGCGCCGGCAGUGGUCGCUGGAACGGGGCGACGCGCUCGCGGCCGCCGCAGGGGCGCGCGGCGCGGUGCCGACGACGGAAGCCCGCUCGCCACCCAUCGAGCCACUGGCUCUGUUGGCUCCGGCGGCGCCACGCGCCAAUGCCGCGCGCUACCGCACACGCCCUGACGCGCCGGGCGCGCUCGUAUUGCUCCCACUUCCGCCCGCACCAUCUCUGGCUCCUCCGACCACAGAAGAAGCACAAACCCCUAACUCGUGUCCACCUUAGGCGACUAGCCUUUGUGCCCGCACUGCACUCGUGACGGAAGUUUUUAUUCUUCCCGUACUUCGUCGAGUUCGGCUCGACUCUCCAUCGACAAUAAUUUAUUUCGGUAGUAUACUCUCUCACGACGUUAUGUAAACGUAUGAAUGUAAGCACGUCCCUCUCCCCACGAGGUCUGUUUACUCACCUCCGUUAACUUAGAACGUUCGUUCAUAGAGAUUUUAACCUAAAGUUGUAAUGAAGUCAUUAGAAGUAGCAUGUGUAAAAUUAUUUUUUUUACAAAAGCACUUGCAACUUAAAUUGUGAUUUACCUCGGGUGAUUUGUGUAUUUUUGAAACUUUUCAUUAUUAUAGCAAUAAAUAUCUUUUAUCAUAUAA